GCCAGCUACGCAAUACCCAAUUUGUCUCGAGCCUAUGCAACCAAUGAUAUACUGUCAGUAGAGUACAGAACGGUUUAAAUACCUUAUCCAUGUACGCGUUUUCAAAAGGAACUGGGAAGUUUCAAAGAUGGUAAUUGAUGUCGUCAAGUAAUUAACUUGUUAGAGAGAAAUACAAGCCGCGUGAGGGAGCAACGCGGAGAGUGGACCAGAGAUUGACAGGCAGUUGACUGAAAGCGACUUCCGGCUGUGUGUCUUUGUGGGUGUUUUUCCAUGGACGGGGACGUGCGAGACAGCGUGACAUGCUAACUUCCCUCACGCCACCAUGGAUUCCUAGCCGGGGCUCCACCUCACCACGGACCUGUCGCCAAACAGUCCGUGGGUGACCUCUGACCUUCUCUCCCCCGAGGGUCUACAGACUGACGGACGAUCAUCGUCCUGACAACCUACCCGACCCAGGCGAUACCAGUGCUAAGCCGCUGGUUGGCGUUGACAGCUGUUAGACGAGGACUGAGGGAUGGAGAAGAUAAACCAGUGGAAAAUAUUAAACAGCUCCCGACUGAACGCACACACUCUGUGUCCUGUCAUUCUUCAAAGGUGGCUUUCUUUCCGAUGAUUUUCUUGUGGACGUAUUUAGGAUGAUUCCGUGUGGAUGUGUUCUGGAUGAUUCCGUGCGGCUGGGUUGUUUGGGAGAGGGGGAGGUGUGCGCGUUAGCGAACGGGUGCUGCAUGCGUCAGCACUGAAGCGGGGGCCGGACGAACGGGGAGUGGGGGGAGACGGCCGGUCACAGCCUGUGUUGGAGGGAUGUGGGAUGAGGGGAGCAAGGCGAGAAAAAGAGCGGCGCUGGAAGGUCAUCUCCUCUCGGCGAGAGGCAGACGUAAAAGACGAUCGGUCACCCCUUUGACGAGGCUACUCCCAAUGCCCACCAACAAAGUAGCUGCUUCCUUCUGCCUCCGUGUUUAGGAAAACCCUCCACACAAACUGACCCAACCUGCACAUUCCCAGAGGAAAAGCCCAUGCCCAUUCUUAGGAGGACAUUUCCUGCUGUGCUUUUAUCCUUGUGACUGCACUUAGCAACUCAGGGUUGAUUAUCUCCCCCACAACACCCCUUUUCAGUGAGAGACCCACACACCAUCUACAGAGAGGAGCAUAUCUGACUGCUACUAAGAGGAGACGCCUUAUUUGUGGCCCUCGAGAUCUGGCGCUGGCCCAAUGGGACCCGGGCCCGAGACAGACCAGGACCGGAUGGUAGCAAACUGAACAUCCUGGGUGAUCCCGCACCUCUACCGGACCGGCAGGAGACAAGGCCGUGGGGGUGGGUACCGGCGAGCUGGCAAGACAAGACGGACUGGCUGGCCGUCAGACAGACAGACAGGUGUUUGACCCUAGGCGUCAUGGGCGAAAUGGCGGGGUACCAGAGACUGGACGAGACGCCGGACUACCAGCCGUUGCCCAGCGACGAUGACGAGAAACUGGGCAGUGGCAUGCAGUCGGAGGAGGGCACAGAAUGGCUCCUGGAGCUGCUAAUGGAGGUCCAGCUGCAGCAGUACUUCCUGCGUAUCCGCGAUGAUCUAAACGUGACGCGCCUCUCCCACUUCGACUACGUCAAGAAUGAGGACCUGGAGAAGAUUGGCAUGGGGCGGCCUGGGCAGCGACGGUUGUGGGAGGCAGUCAAGAGGAGGAAGACCAUGUGCAAGAGGAAGUCCUGGAUGAGUAAGGUGUUCAGCGGGAAGCGGCCGGACAGCGGGGACUUCCAGCAGGCCCCCCCCGCCUCCUCCUUCCGCAAGCUGUCCCCCACACCCCCGCCGGGGAUCGACGGCGGCCCCCUGGCGCUGACCCAAACGCCCCGGCAGCAGGCCCUGACCUGCCUGAUCGGCGAGAAGGACCUGGCCCUCUUCGAGAAGCUGGGCGACGGCUCCUUCGGCGUGGUGAAGCGCGGCGAGUGGUUCACGCCGGCAGGGAAAGUGGUGGAGGUAGCCGUCAAGUGUCUGAAGACGGACGUGCUGAGUCAUCCGGAGGCACUGGAUGACUUCAUCUGUGAGGUGAACGCCAUGCACUCUCUGGACCACCAGAACCUCAUCCGGCUCUACGGCGUGGUGCUAACACACCCCAUGAAGAUGGUAACCGAGCUGGCCCCGCUGGGCUCCCUCCUGGAGCGUCUGCGAUGCGUUCGUGCGCAGGGCCCGCUGCUCAUCCACACGCUGUGUCAGUAUGCGGUGCAGGUGGCCUGCGGCAUGGCCUACCUGGAGCAGCGCCGCUUCAUCCACCGCGACCUGGCCGCCCGCAACAUCCUGCUGGCCUCCGCGCAGCGUGUGAAGAUCGGCGACUUCGGCCUGAUGCGGGCGCUGCCCAACAACCACGAGCACUACGUGAUGCAGGAGCACCGCAAGGUGCCGUUCGCCUGGUGUGCCCCGGAGAGCCUGAAGACACGGACGUUCUCCCACGCCACAGACACCUGGAUGUUUGGAGUGACUCUGUGGGAGAUGUGUACCCAUGGACAGGAACCUUGGAUCGGUCUGAACGGCAGCCAGAUUCUCCACAAGAUCGACCAGGAGGGUGAACGCCUGCCGAAGCCAGAGGACUGUCCCCAGGACAUCUACAACGUCAUGCUACAGUGCUGGGCCCAGAGACCCGAAGACAGACCCACCUUUGUUGCCCUCAGGGAGUUUCUUCUUGAGACAAUGCCUACAGACAUGUGUGCCCUUCAGGACUUUAAAGAGGCCGACAAACUUCAUAUCGAGGUGGACGACGUGAUCACCAUCAUUGAGGGCAGGGCGGAGAACUACUGGUGGCGGGGUCAGAACCAGCGCACGCUGAAGGUGGGCCAGUUUCCCAGGAACGUGGUGACUUCGGUGGCGGGCUUGUCGGCCCACGACAUCAGCAGGCCCCUGAAACACAGCUUCAUCCACACGGGCCACGGCGACACCGACCCGCACCGCGGCUGGGGCUUCCCGGACCACAUCGACGACCUGUACCUAGGAAACCCCAUGGGCCCCCCUGACGUCUUGGGGUUGGACCUCAAUGCGACCCGGCCCACUCAGCUACCGGGUCGGGCAAAAAAGGACCCUCCUCCUCGCCCCCCACAGCCAACAGGGUUUGUCAACAAGCCGUGCUAUGACCCGGUCACCGAAGACGAGGACCUGACCACCUCAGGCCUCAAGAGGUUAUCUCUGCGUAAGGCAGGCUCCAUCAAAGGCCUUAAGCUGAAACCUGCUGCCUGGGUCUCCACCUCCAAACAGGGCUCCCGGACUGCGGGCCCAGGUAACACCCCAAGCGAUGUGUCGCUUAUCGACUUUGGGGAGGAGCAUCUCCCGGCCACACCCUCUCCCACUCCGGUGGUGGAGCUUCAGGUUCCCUCAUUGGCCCGGCUGGCCCUGGAGGCGGACUCUCUCCUGGACCGGACACCGCCACAGAGCCCGUGGCGCUCUCUGCCCCGCCCCCUGCACCCCACGCCAGUGGUGGAUUGGGACGCCCGGCCCCUCCCGCCGCCUCCCGCGUACGACGACGUGGCGCAGGACGAAGACGACAUGGAGGUGAGCUCUAUCACCAGCCUGGAGCCGCAGGUGGAGACGGGCGAGAGACGGAGCCCCGCGGAGGAGGCGCCGGCUGGGCAGGAGGUGGCCGCGGCUGAGGCCGGUGACAAAACCCUGGAGGACAACCUCUUCCUCCCCCCCAAGCAGGGCCAGGCCUCGUCGUCCUUCUCCCAGUCGGCCGAGAUCUUCGAGGAGCUCCAGCAGGAGUGCAUGAGGAGGCUCAACGUGCCCACAGCGGGCGGCCCGCAGCUUUCGUCCCCAAACCCAGGCUUCCGCCAAAUCAUCCCAUCGUCGGAGGACAAGCCCCAGAUCCCUCCUCGUAUCCCCAUCCCGCCACGCCCCGUCAAGCGGGGGGACUACGCCCGCUGGUCCGCGGACCUCUCUCUGUCCCCCACGCCGGCGUCCGGGGACGUCCGGGACCGCCCGCCCCAGAUCCCGCCGCGGGACCCCCUGUCACAGCCGGGCUCGCGCACCCCGAGUCCCAUGGGUCUCCAGGUGGGCUCCCCCCAGCAGAGGACGAUGUUGGGCCCCGGCGCCCUGUCUCCGCCCACGUACGGGUCGUACCUCUCCACGUCCCCGGGGAAACCGAUGCCCACAACGCACAGCUUCGCCUCGGACCCCAAGUACGCCGCACCAAAGGUGGUCUACGCCCAAGGCCCCGGCAAGGACCCCGCCAAAGGGCCCUGCAUCCUGCCCAUCGUCCGUGACGGCCGCAAAGUCAGCAGCACCCACUAUUACCUGCUACCCGAGAGGCCGCCGUACCUGGACCGCUACGACCGCUUCAUCCGGGAGGCGGAGAACAUGCCUGGCACCGGCGAGGAGAGGCGGCCGGCCAACACGGCCACGGUCAGGCCCAUGGUGGUGAACCAGCCGCCGGCUGGGGAGCUGAAGGCCAACUUCUCUUGCAACAACAACAGCAGCCUGGAUGUCCGGCCCGGCGGGAAGGCCUCCCUCUGCCUGCCCAGGGGCAGCUCGGACGGGCCGGCCGGCAGGAUGGACGGGGUCACCACGGCGGGCCGGGUCAACAUGGUACAGGAAGCAGUCCAUGGUGUGACAAUAGAGGAGUGUCAGACAGCCCUCCAGAACCACAACUGGAACGUGAAGAAAGCUGUGCACUUCCUCAAGGUUGAGCAGCUGUUCUGUCUUGGCCUGAAGACCAGGACAGAGUGCCUGAAGGUGCUGGAGAUGUAUGACUGGAACCUGGAGGUGGCCAGCACUCAGCUUCUGGACUCCUACGGCUCUGUCAGGCAAAGGCGAUGAUGAACGUUGCUAGGAGCGAUGAUGAACGUUGCUAGGAGCGAUGGCCGAGUCCGUUCAGGACUCUUGUAAUUCAUCAGCGGUCUUGGAAGGGGCGGAGUCUGCUCCCGUCUUUUUUAUGACUCACCGGUCACAUCCAGGAGGAAGCGUGGGAUUUCGGCGUGGACUUGGGGCACAUUUGAUUGAGUUCUUGGCCAUGACUGCGGUAUUUCCCACCAGGGGCCUGGUCUGCCUGUGAACAGGAUUGGAAAGUGUAUCAGGAAUGCAAAUAGUGGACCUGUUCUCUGGAAAGAACCACACACCUGCUGGUCCUGGUACAAUAAAUCAGCUCUGAAGAGGAAAAGAAACAACACGUUCUUUCUUCGUGCCGGUCUAAACAAUCCAGCUACAUACCUGCCACACUACACCUUCGACCAACUAGGCCAAGAGGACCGUUUUGAAACCAGCUGAGACCGCAGUCCUAUGAAACACGUGUACCGCUCUCUUCAGCCAAUCCCUUACUGCUUUACAGUGUGCGCGCUUUGCUCGGGUCCUCGUGACAGGCUGGUUCUAGGGAGGACGGCGUCCCCCUGCUGUGCCAUCUCCGACUCCCCAGGGUGCUCUACUGCUUUUAGGCAGAGGUCAAUGUUCUAAAAGCCCACCUGGAACAGGAAAGAGAAAAACAAAAUGGAGCCUGUCCACGUUUAAGUUGACACAAUUAUUUGUGUUGUUUUGUUACCAUUAUACAGAUUUUUAUUUGAUUUCUAUUCUGAGGAUCAAUUAACAGAUUUAAAGGAAAAAAUGCAUAUAAAAGCAGAGUUCAGAUGUUUAUACAUUAUAUUUGUGACAAAUAUGCACAGAAAGUUAUUUUUCUAUAUAUUUCGCGUUUGUAACCAGGCGUUUUAAAACGGCUAGAUGUGGAAAGCUUUGAAGUCUUCAUCGGUUUAAUCCAUGUUCAGUGUGUCACGCUGCCUUGAGUUAGAUUACGGCUCUAAGUACCAUUUACACAAUCCCCUCCAAAUGUCAGUUUGCACAGGCGUGCUAUACGACUCCCGACCAAGCACAGUGCUCCUCCGUCAUCCACUUCACUGUACAGUAGCUCUCCAAGCUCCCCUCAUGGCGGUGCCGCUGUUCCAUUUGCUCCAGAGCAUCUGACUGACGUUGUCAGCUGACCAUAGAGUCUUUGACCAGUUCAGUCUGUCGAGGCAGUUGUCGGGGCUACGACAAAGCGACGCACAUCCUGGUGGCCUUCGCGCUUUGAGAACCAUCCGCCACAGUAGAUUGGACUUUCCCUUGUUGCGCUCAUGCCGUCGAGCGACCACCCAGUUGACAAAGCGGCCAUCGGAAAUGAGACAGCGGCUCGCUGAUUUCAGAGCACAUUGAGCUUAACGCAUUCAUUCAGUCCAUUGCCAGCUCUCUGAGGACGAGUCGUCAACAAGCAUUGAUGACGGGCCCCGGUUUUAUAACAAAGAACCGUCUGUCAGGUUCUAUAGGUUCGUCAAUAGGCCGCAGGUCAUUUAGUGGGAAAGGAAUGAUGGCCCCUGAUUGGUUACUCACGUCAAGCACACACAAGAUCUAUAGGUCACAAUACUGGACAUUUGUUUAGGCCUUUCUAUACCUAUAGCACAAGCUGUUUUGUAAAGUACUGUAUGUCUUCAAUACUGUUUCAUCCUCUAUAUUCACCAUUGACCAGAGCAACCCAGGUUCUGUGGUUGUUUGCCGCAGUCUGCUGCUUCUUCUUGGGUUACUAUUCAAAUGACAUUUUUGGAAAAAUGGAACAUUAAACCAGAGACUUUUUAUUGUGUGAUCGGUUGCAAUCAGGAAAAUAAUUCUUACAUCGGAAGGGCUUUAACUGAGCAAAAAAUCGGCACAAAUUCAAGUACAUACCGACGUGGUAAAACAAGCUGACUCCAAACUUGCAGGCUGAACCUUUUCCUGUCUUUCUGCUGCCACUAUACAUUUGGAGUUGUGUGUGUGACACCUGCCUGUCCUCUCUCCCCCCUGGAGAGUAGUUGUCAUUGGUUUGGAUCAGAAAAAUGUCCAGCACUUUGUCAGAAAAUGCACUGUACCGUCUUGUAGGCAUUUUGGAGACAUGCCAAACUCAAACUGUCUCCUUUUCCUCAGUCAGUUGUUGGACUCGACAGACGGGAAAGUUCUGGAUAGGUGAAAACUAUUUGAUAAAACUGUCACACAGUCUUUUGCAAGAUUUAGUGCACUGGAGCUGUAGGUCUCGACCAUCUGCCGCUUAAGAUUCACUCAGAUUCUCAAAGGGCAGAGGUAAAGGGUAUUCGUUUUUUGGUUUGGAAUCCUGCCUCAGCUGAGCUUUUCUUGUAUCCAAUAAUCAAGGCACAUGUAAUAUCUUUCGGCAGUCAAGGCCAAUUUAUCCAUGACAGAACAAUAACACUUUGAUUGCUGUAAACUUGAUGCACAGAAAAAUCUAUGUAGCCAAGUGUUGAGUGACGUCGUCGGCUUCAGUCACAACAUGAUGGUUCUGUCCCCAUGACUUGUUUAUUUUAUUCCAAGCUGCUGUAGUUUUAGAAGGACUGAAGCAACUUUGUGGUAUAAUUACUCAAACCCCUGUUCUCCCGUUACUUGGUGUUUACACACGUAUGUCAACAAAUAUCUUUUUUGUUGUUGAUUGAAUCCAAUGUACCUGUAACAAUGUACUUUCCCAGGAAGUGUUUUACAUUUUAUUUCGUGGUUGUUCAGGGUUGAGGUUAAUUGUUCCCGUUCCGCUGGGUGUUCUAAAUAUUGCAAGGCUGCAAAAAUGAAUGCUGCCGAUCUCAAAUGUAUAAAUGUAUUUUUUAUUAAAAAAGUAACUAUUUUUUA